CAUCAUUCCGUUUAGUUAUACCAGGGUGGAUUCCAUGGUCUUACUUUCUUCCUGCUCUUCCUCUCUCUUUCUUCUUAUUAUCGUCAUGCUCUGCGAGCACGUUGUGUGCUGUCUUGUUACACCUUGAAUCACGAUACCUCUCUGUUUUGGACGUGUGAGCAGUCGAAGCAUUUCCGGCUGGCACCGGAACUCGCGUGAAGCUUGACGAGGCAAAUGGCGGGGCGUCAUCAUCCUGGUUCCGAGAGUACCAGCAGGUGCUUCCCAGUGACGAUUGCCAUUGUGUCGCUGGUGUACAAUGUGCUGGUUGGAUUCUCAUGCACAUACCUACCUGACGAUCCGCUCUACAUCGGCCUCAGUAUUCAGCUCUAUGCAUGGGCAGGUAGUGCUUUGAGUGUGCUCGGAUUGUUUGGGAUAGUGACGAAGCGACCCGCUCUCACGACUUCGUUCGCACACUUCCUCCUGCUGGACACCUUCGUAUCUGCGAUAGUCCGUCUGCUCAUCCUGCAAUUCUUCUUCGAAGCCUUCUACGACCAUAAUGUCUGCACGGCAACUUACGAUCCGACAUGGAGUCCUCGGAACUUCAGACACGACAUCGUGACGUCCGUCCGAUACCAGAAAGAAUACCUAUGGCAGACCAGCAAUAGAAAGAGGUGUCGCGCAGCUUUAAGCGCUGUGCAGAUCGUACUGAUCGGAUUGGUAAUAUGCCUCACCGCAGCACAAUGCUCGCUGGCCUUCACGAUGCGCAGGUUCGGGAAAGAGCUCGAGAGAAGAGGAGAAAGGACAACCACGAGAUCGACAUUCAGAUCUGUCGACGAGAAGCCGCGUCGCAGUCCCGAGCCAUCAAUGGCACCAUAUAGCGACGAGAAGUCGAGACUGGAAAGCGCAUAGAUCGAGGAAUCUGGCGUUCGGGACACCGAUGGUUUGAUGUGAAAGGAUACCCAAGCUCAAUGAUUUAACGAGAUUCCAAAUGCAUUAUCGGCACCAAUUUCUUGUGUGCCGCCAGCGGUUCACCCAGUAUUUCCCGUGGAUAUAUUCUCGCUGCCCAUCCUGAUCUGGCUGCAUGCCAGUGUUCCUCAGAAACGCUUUUGCCAUCUGCCGUGGGUUCCGAGAUCUGUGGUGAGUCCAUGCUCGGCGACAGCCUGACCAAGCACUCGACUUCGAAGUGCCCACAGCUGUCACAGUUGCAUGAGCAUUUGGACAUGUGCCAGCCGAUGGUCUCACGCUCAUGUGCACAGUAAAUCCUCCUAAUCGGUAUCCACACCGCCUCUUGCUUUUCCCUGGUCAGAAGUAGCAGUCGAAUUUUGAGCGAGCUCUCCAUGUGUUGAGGGAUCGAGCUGCUCAUAAAUCGCGCCUGGUGCCAUUUGCACAGUGGAGCAUCUCCAAUGAAGCGACGAACUGGUGCCACAAUCCCACAAUGCACGCAUCUCCUGCGACCGCCAAGGAACUCCUUUCGUUCACGUGUAGCACGAUAUGCUGCAAUCCUUUGACAGUCGGUCGCAGUCUUUAGCCAGUUGGCUGGCGGAUCCGGCGUGGAGAGAUAUACCUGCUUGCUCGAGAGUUUGAAAGAGAUCAGGGAGGAGGCCGGAAGGUAGGAUAUGACUUCGAGAAGCAACUCCGGCGGUAGGUCCGCGAGACCGACUCGGUACAUGGUUUUCGAUUUGGUCUUUCGAGGCUGCUCUUCCGUGUGCAAUGAGCUGUUGGAGCUCAGCUGGUCAAGGAGAUGUCGCCAGCGGCAGUAGAUCUGUUGAAGGAGACGGCAUUGCUUGUUCACCAUAUAGGAGAUCAUUUCGAGACAAGCUUCAAUGUGAUAGUAGGAAAUGUGCUGGACGUUCGCGCUCGCGCACGAAGCACGGGGCGUGGCUUUCUUAAGAC